AUGGUUGGGUUGAAGAGCUUGCUAUACCCAGCCGCCCUUCUUGCUUCGCUGCAUGGAGUUGCGGCAAGCGUGCUCAGGAAUGGAACGAAAAUGGUCGCAACCUACUGGGAUAAGGAUAUUGACAUCUUCCAAUUGUCAUUCGUCACCUCCCUGAAGGGCACACCAGAGGUAUCAUUUGGCUACCCAGUUACCGGCGCCGAAAUUAAGCAAUGCCAGGACCAAGGCAAAACCAUCUUGCUGUCCUUUGGCGGAGAAACCUACAAAGAAGGCGGAUGGGAUACGCCCGAGGAAGCCCAGCUUAUGGCCCAAAAGGUGUGGGACAUGUACGGACCAGGCGGUGCAACCCACUUUGGCGGUAACGCAGUCAACGGAUUCGACUUUGACUUCGAGAUGGCGAUGGAAAAUCUGGUCCCAUUCACGAAGAAGCUCAAUGAGCUUAAACGGAGCCACCCUAACUUCCUCUUAACAGCUGCACCACAAUGCCAAUACCCUGAUCAGAAUCUUGCCAGCGUUCUAACGGAUCAUUUGGGCUGGUUCGAUGCGCUUUUUGUGCAAUUCUACAACAAUCCAGAAUGUGGAAUCUCUGGUGGCUAUGCUCGCCGAUCUACUGAAGAACCUUUAAGUGGUGUAUCGGGUGGCCCUUCGGCUCGUCGGUCUCACCUUGCGAAACGUGAAUUCAACUUGGGUACAUGGCUUGAGCAGGCUAGCCAGGCCACGCCCAAAUCGCCAAAGAUCUUCGUGGGUGUCCCCGGGAGUGCGGCAGGUACCCCAUCAGCCAAUAUGGGCUAUGUGGUUCCGUCUCUCCUCAAGACGGCUCUGCUACCUUUCAUGAAGCAUGCGAAUAUGGGAGGCGUCUCUGUUUGGGAAGUCGGUUACGCUACCAGUAAUGGUAAUUUCCUUCCGCAACUUCGUGGAAUCUUGGGAUUAUAA